CUAAUUCGCAUUCCGUCACAAACAGUGUGUGUGUGCAAAGAAGAAGAUAGGCACGCACGGACCGUGAUUGCGGAGUUUUUGUUUUUGCAUUCGAAGAACUUGUCGAUUUUAACUUCUUUAAUUAGCAAUUUCACCAAAUUGCUCCAAAUAAAUUCCGUCUCAAGUGCAACGAAAAUACGUACUAAAACAACAAAACAAAGUUUUUUUGACUACUACGGCUAGUCUGGACAGCAACAAUUAAUAAAAUGAAAGUGGAAAUCGUGUGAUGUCAUGUCGACGACGACGACGACGGCAGCAGCGACGUCGACCGUUCUGUGAAUUGAAACUUCCUGUUCUCGCUCUCUCUUUCUCUGUUAAACCCACUCUGUCCUCCCACUGUUUGCCGUAUGAUAGAUCCUCUUGAAGGUAGCCAAAAGUGCGACAAGUGACGGUGAAUAAAUUUUUGGCAAAGCAGAAGAGAAAAAUAAAAUAAAAAAGAAAAAAUUCCAAUUUUCAUUCCACCGCUCAGCUGCAAAUGUGCCAGUGUGAAUAACAGCACAAAAGAGAAAAGGUGAAACGAGCCAAACACACACGCACGCACGCACACACACAGCAGCUUGCGUGUAGGUGUGAGUUGGACAGCAACAGCGGCCAAAGCACUCAAAAAAAAAAACAGCAACAAAAACAAUAAAAACAUUUUUUUAUUGAUUUCCCUCCAAAAAAAAUAACAAAAACAAUUUGACGACGAUUCCGCCCAAGCAACAGGAGCAGCUGCAUUUGCCACGCCUGUAUAUAGACCGUGGUACCGUCCUUAAACUACACACGCACACAAACAGACACAUUCCCACUCCCUUUUUCGUCCCCCUUACCACCUCCGCCCACUCAUCAUGUCCAGCCCCAGCGCCAACAAUGGCGCCCAACCAGUUGUGGAACAGUUGCGCAUGGAAGUGGAGCGACUGACACGCGAACUCGAUCAGGUGUCCAGCGCCAGCGCUCAAUCCGCACAAUAUGGCCUCUCGCUGCUGGAGGAGAAGUCGGCACUGGAGCAAAAGUGCGAGGAGCUGGAAACCCUCUACGAUAACACACGCCAUGAACUGGACAUUACGCAGGAGGCGCUCACAAAAUUCCAAACGUCACAGAAGGUCACAAACAAGACCGGCAUCGAGCAGGAGGAGACGCUGCUCAAUGAGUCAGCCGCUCGUGAAACUUCGCUCAAUUUGCAAAUACUCGAUCUGGAGAAUGAGAGCAAGCAGCUGCGUCAUGAGCUGGAACGUGUGCGCAACGAGCGAGAUCGCAUGCUGCAGGAGAACUCGGACAUUGGACGCGAUAAAAGCGACAAUGAGGCGGAACGAUUGAGACUCAAAUCUGAACUGAAGGAUUUGAAAUUUCGUGAGACGCGCAUGCUCAGCGAAUACUCAGAACUGGAGGAGGAGAACAUAUCGUUGCAGAAGCAGGUGUCCAGCUUAAGAAGCUCGCAGGUGGAAUUCGAGGGAGCCAAACAUGAGAUACGUCGCUUAACCGAGGAGGUGGAGCUGCUCAAUCAGCAGGUCGAUGAGCUGGCGAAUCUCAAAAAGAUUGCCGAGAAGCAAAUGGAGGAAGCGCUCGAAGCCCUGCAGGGCGAGCGCGAGGCCAAAUAUGCGCUGAAAAAAGAGCUGGAUGGUCAUCUGAAUCGCGAGUCCAUGUUUCACAUUAGCAAUUUGGCUUAUAGCAUACGCAGCAAUAUGGAGGACAAUGCCAGCAAUAAUUCCGAUGGCGAGGAGGAGAAUCUGGCGCUCAAACGUCUCGAGGCGGACUUGAGCACAGAACUCAAAUCGCCCGAUGGCACUAAAUGUGAUCUCUUCUCCGAGAUUCAUCUUAACGAGCUAAAGAAACUGGAGAAACAGCUGGAGAGCAUGGAGAAUGAGAAAACGCAUCUGACGACGAAUUUGCGUGAGGCGCAGAGCAGUCUGGACAAAUCGCAAAAUGAGUUGCAAAACUUUAUGUCACGCCUCGCAUUGCUGGCCGCCCAUGUGGAUGCGCUGGUGCAGCUAAAGAAACAAAUCGAUGUCAAGGAUCAGAUCAGACAGACAAAGGAGGAUGAGGAGCAGCUGCAGCAGCAGCUGCGUACCUUAAUCUCUCAAUAUGCCAAUUGGUUUACGCUCUCGGCCAAGGAAAUAGACGGCCUCAAGACUGAUAUAGCUGAGCUGCAGAAGGGUCUGAAUUACACAGAUGCCACCACCACGUUGCGCAACGAGGUGACCAAUCUGAAGAACAAACUGCUAUCCACCGAGCAAAAGUCGCUGGAUCUGCAGAGCGAUGUGCAGACUCUGACGCACAUCUCGCAGAAUGCUGGACAGAGCUUGGGUUCGGCUCGCAGCACUUUGGUCGCACUCAGCGAUGAUUUGGCUCAGCUUUAUCAUCUGGUCUGCACCGUGAAUGGAGAGACGCCGUCACGUGUGCUGCUGGAUCACAAGACCGAUGACAUGAGCUUCGAGAACGAUUCUUUGACUGCCAUCCAGUCGCAAUUCAAAUCGGACGUCUUCACAGCACGCCCGCAAAUUGUUGAAGAUCUGCAGGGUCUUGCCGAUUCAGUGGAGAUUAAGAAGUAUGUGGACACUGUCAGCGAUCAGAUUAAGCAUCUGAAGACCGCCGUUGAGCACACCAUUGAUCUAAACAAGCACAAAGUGCGCUCCGAGAGCGGAGAAUCUUCGGAUAAGAGCAACUCCGAAGAGGUGGAAGAGCUACAGGAGCAAAUUGUGAAGCUGAAGAGCUUGUUGUCUGUGAAGCGUGAGCAAAUCAUAACAUUACGCAACGUGCUCAAGUCCAAUAAACAGACCGCUGAGGUGGCGCUCACAAAUCUCAAAUCCAAAUAUGAGAACGAGAAGAUCAUUGUCAGCGAUACGAUGUCCAAGCUGCGCAAUGAGCUGCGACUGCUCAAGGAAGAUGCAGCCACCUUCUCCAGCCUGCGCGCCAUGUUCGCUGCACGCUGCGAGGAGUAUGUAACUCAGGUCGAUGACUUGAAUCGUCAGCUGGAAGCUGCAGAGGAGGAGAAGAAAACGCUCAAUCAGCUAUUGCGCUUGGCGGUGCAACAAAAGCUGGCGCUUACACAGCGUUUGGAGGAAAUGGAAAUGGAUCGUGAGAUGCGACAUGUGCGUCGUCCAAUGCCGCCGCAGCGCGGCACCAGCGGCAAAUCCUCAUUCAACACACGUCCAUCCAGCAGAAAUCCGGCGAGCAGCAAUGCGAAUCCAUUCUAACAUAAGAUCAGCGUGCAGCGUAAGCUUUUGGCCUUGGUUUAUACUUUGCUUAAGUUGUAAAUUCGUUGGGAGUAGCAGACGAAUCAUUCACACACGCCCAGACACACCCAUGGAAUACUUUAAAUGUAUUUGUGAAGGAUGCUAUAGCUAUUUGUUCUAUCCUAUAUUUAAUGAUAUAUAACUAUAUUCAAUUUGUAUCUGUUUCUAUUUGUAUU